UAGGUUCUUCAGUCGAAAUCGCUGUGAUUAAGUACUUCGAAGUUCUUCGGUUUUUACGAGUUUAUUUUGCACAAGAAUGGCGGCAAGUGUAACCCUGGACGCGAGCAGUCGCGCGCCGUCGGUGGCGGCGGCUCCCGGGACGGUCAACAGUACGAAAGCGGGCAUGAAGCCCCCGGAGUUGGUUCGCGUGUUCAAGGGCCACACCGCCCCGGUAAGCGCGGCGUUCUUCCACCCCUGCAUGCACCAACUGGUCUCCGGCUCGCACGACGGAAGGCUGUACGUCUGGCACUUCAAACAGCAGCUGAGGCCGUUCAAGUUUGAGGGGCACAAGGCGGAUGUGAACGAUGUGUCCGUGGCGAAGGACGGGAGCUUCUUCGCGUCGGCGAGUUCCGACAAAACCGUGGCAUUGUGGUUGAACAACGCAAAAGGUACUCGAGAGUAUGACUUGAACAACAUGCAGCUUUCCCUCAGCGCUGCAAACACGUAUGGCAGACUGCGUCUUUCUCACUCUGCUGUAAUAUUUUCCUUUCUGCAAAAAUAGAAGUUUUGAAAACCAAACAACAGGCACACCGUCCCACGUGAUCAAGGCCCACACCGGAGUUGUGAGAAGUUGCCACCUGUCUUAUCCUGAGUAAAAACGUACCCACACCAGAGUUGUAAUGCAGAUUUGCAAAGACAGGAAGACUUGUAAUGCGCGUCCCCAUGAGAGCCAUUUCCAGUCGUGUUUUGGAAUUUGUGAUGCUGUGAACAGGUGGAUGAGCAGAUGAAUCUGUGAUGCGGCUGCACUUGCUAACCUGCACUAAACUGCAUAGUGCAACUUGUCAUGCGUGACUCACAAAACUCCUAGGUUUGUGUUGCAAAAUCCUCAUCCUGACUCUGGUGUGGGUACGUUUUUCCUCAGGAUAUGUCUCCAGACAACUCGCUUCUCGCCACGGCGUCGGACGACAAAAUCGUGAAAAUUUGGCAAGUCACCCCGACGAGUUCCAAAUUCCUGAUGUCGUUAGAGGGGCACACUCACUGGGUGAGGAGUGUAAGAUUCUCUUUGGAGGAUGCCAAUCUCGUCACAACGUGCGGCGACGACAAGACCGUGCGGAUUUGGGACUUGCGAGUAGCCGGCGCCGGAGCGCACAGUGCGGGGGGAGGGAAGGGUAGUUGCGUUUUCCCUUUUGAUGUUGCACCGCGUCUUCGGGUAUUGUAGCAGGAGUUUAUUGAUCAGCCUAUUGUUUAAAAGUGAUGGCGCCGCAGUUGGGAACGGCGAUGCAGCUUUUCCGUAUGUAGCUAGUACUACUUCAUCAUCACACGACCUAUCACUCCCACUGUCAGAUCGCGGCUGCGUAAUGAAGAUGCAGGAACAUGUGGAGCGCGUAAACCGGUCACUUUUCCACCCGGACGGGACCUGCAUCGCGAGCGGCAGUGAUGACCGCACCAUUAAAAUCUGGGAUCUGAGGAGAAAGCGGCUCAUUCAGCACUACGACGCGCAUAUCCCUCAGAAAGAAACAGGCAGGGCAGUUUUGUAAUGCAAAGAUAAAUAGACAGAAAAAUCUGCAUUGCAUGUCCUAAACGCCAUGAUAUGGGGUCGCCCAUGACAGAUUUUUCUGUUAAGUCAUUUUUGCAUUACAAAGCUGCCCUGCCUGCUCUUUUCUCUGGGAUAGCGCACGCCGGCCCCGUGCUCGAUCUGGAUUUCAAUAGCAGUCAAAACUUCCUCGCUUCCAGUUCCACCGACAGGACCGUGAAGCUCUGGGACUUGCAGGAAGGUGUUUUUAAAAUGGAGCUCUGUUGUUUCUAGAUCUAGUUCGCGAGGACCGGAAACGGUCGCUCAGUCUCAUGCAUGAAUUCACAUAUUUAGAAGUGGGUGAGUAAACUACGUUUUGGCUUUGGGAAUUUCUUAACGUAAGCGAAAAUCAUACUUGACCCAACUACUUUUACAUGCAAGGUCGGCUCCUGUACACGCUCGCCGGUCACGAGGACGCGGUGCACAGUGUGAAGUUCUCUCCGCAAGGGCAGCACCUCGUCUCCGGUUCUGCAGACCAAAAAGUUUUUGUCUGGAAGGCCGGGCCGGACGAACAGCUCUACGACCAGCCGCCCCAAGCGGGCGACGGAGCGGCGGGCAGUCGGGUCGGUGCGGCAAGGACCUAUCUCUACAAUGCUCCGAGAUCGGCGGGCACAACCACACCCUCGCAACCGCAGCACAACUUCACCAAGGUCCCCUCAAGAACUAGCUCCUCGACGCAGCAAGGCGGUCCGGGCAGGUCAUCAACGCCCAAUGUCACAGGCACGGGAGGAAAAAAAGUGGUGACUCAGUUUGCGAACGAAGUUAACAGUGAGAUAACGCACAGUGUUUCCCCCACAAAGAAGAUGAGGGAGAAGAGAAAAUCAGGGGUGGAAACUGGCGCGGCGGCACAGAGUUCCGGAUCUGGAAGUAGCAGGAAAGGCGAAACGCCAACGACUGCGACCACACCAAUCGUCCCUUCGUCGGCUGGUAAUUUGUGGUUUCUGGAUGCAGUUGUGUUUUUUUUGCAGUAAGUAAAGGGCUCAUGAUAGAUGGACAUGAUUCACUACAUAUUCAUUGCUUGUUUGGUCGAUGUGAUACAUAGAUACUGACAGAAGUUAACUGCAUUCUUACCAAAAAUUCUGCAGCCCAACGCGCCGCAGCGACGCCCAUCGUCGCAGCUUCUGACGUCGCACAAACGGAGCGGGAGAAAAAGCUCAUGGACAGCAUCCAACAGAUGACUACGCAAAUGGAGAUGCUGGUGCAAACGGUGAAAACGAUGGACCAAAGAAUGCAAAUCACGGAGGCUAUCCAGGAAAAAAAGUGUGUAAGUGUAACUUUCUUUGAGAAACAGCAUCACAAAUUUGCUCUACAUGACAGAGAAAAUCUGUCAUGCGUGGCUUGUAAGGGAAAACACACAUGAAAAGAGGACUUCAUGGCUGGCUGGCAUGACAGGCGCAACUCUUUUGCAUGUUCUGCAACACAAAUUUACACUUACACAGUUUUUUUCUUGCAUAGAGGCAGCGGUAGCGCGACUAGAGGCGGAGAAAGCAGCGACGGGGAGUGGCACCUCUUAGCUGCGAGGAUUUUAUUUUGGCGCCGUUGUGCAUAUUUCGAAACAAAUCUGAAUCUGAAGGCAUUUCAACAACAUCAUCACAAGGUGCAGUUUUUAUUGAAGGAUUCGAAAGAGUGCAAUUUGAAUUUCUGCUGGAUCAAGGUUUUGCUUCUCCUUUCUGAAACGCACGACGAAAAAUUGACUUCUCUUGUUCAAACGGAUGGAAAGUCUGUUUGCCAACCAACUGCUUGCGUUUUUUUAGUCGAUACUUACUAUAAACAGGGGUUUUCAUCGUUCAAUGCUUGCGCGCACAAUAUUUGCAUACUGGUGUGAAAAUGAAGCCUUGUUUUGGCCUUAGUACGGCUGAUUUGUGCGAAGAAAGAAAAUGCAGCGCCGCAAACAUCCUGUUCGAAAAGCUAGCAUGCGAAGCACGAGCGACAUUCU